UGCGACGGAAGUAAUUAAGGAAAAAAAAUAAAGAACGGAACAAUUUUGAUUUAAACACAUUUCUGCGAUGCGGGCUUUGCUGAUCAUUCCGGCUCUCUGCGGAGUAUUAUUAACUUAUAACACAGGAUUGAACAACGCGGUCGUAUUUAAGUUUACGAACUUCAUUUGUGAGAGCUACAACACAUCUUGGUUUGUGUUUCACAACUGUCGCUUAAAGGCUGUGAGUCGAAACAAAGUGCUUCUUAAUAUGAACGGAACGAUCUUACACCCAGCUUAUGAUAUACACCUUCAUAUACAAGUUUUAAAGAGGGCCAAUGGCUACAAACCAUGGCUAUUUGACCAAAAAUUAGAUGUGUGUCAAUUCAUUCGAUACCGUUCCAAUCCAUUUGCAACACUUGUCUUCGGGCUUUUUAAGGAAUUUUCAAAUUUUAACCACACAUGCCCCUAUAUGGGUACACAGAUCGUAAAGGACUUUUAUCUAAAGUACGAACUACUACGGCUUCCGCUUCCAACUGGCGAUUACAUGUUGACUAUGGGGUGGUUUUUAGAUCGAAAAUUGCAAUUCGAUACAAAUGUCAGUUUUACGUUUGUCGAAGACAUUCUCAAAAAAAAUUAAGCAAAGGUAAAAAAUGGGGCGAAGAAUUUAAUUUCAAUUUAUUCGACUUGAUGUGGUGCAAUUCAUCGUACAAUAUCUGUAGUUCUUGUUACCCACCUUUAACCAGCCCAAUUCGUUUCAAUUGUACUUUUCCUAAAAACUACGUUUUUUUAAUUUAAAAGAAGA